AUGUCUAACUACCGGUAUUUAUCACUUGAUUCGUUAAUCAAAGAUCUUUCCAAACUCUCAGAUGAAUUGAACAAGAAUUUAGUAUCAAUAAUCAAUAAAGAGUACGAGAACUUUAUAAAGUUGGGGAAUUCCAUCAAUAUUGGUUUAAACUACAUCAAUGAAGUCAACCAUAGUUUAACCAAGUUCAAGGCUUCCACAGAAAGAAAUUAUGCUCAUUUAAUUGAGACUCGAAACGCCUUUAAUGAAAUGCUCUAUCAGAAGGACCAAUUAAUGCUUAUUCGGUUCAAGUUAAAGCUUGUUCAACUUAUAUUCAAUCAGUUUACAAGUUUCCAGUUAUUGCUAAGUUGCGAGAGUUCAGAAAUAGAGAAACUCCGAAAGCUUACCAUGGUUUACAUCUUAAUUAAUCAACUCUAUAGAAUGAUUAAAGAUAACUUACUUCUGGGUGAAGACUCUGAGAUUAUGAAGAAGAUCAACUCUUCCUUUUUUUCCACCAAGAAUGAAUUUUGCACUUAUGUUGACGAGCUCUUGGUACAGAAUGUCAAACAGAUUGAUCCUCUGGCUGCAGAAGAAGCCAAUAGUGACUUGAUAUUGAGUCUACUCACGAUCUAUGACAUAGUUGAGCGGAAUGAAGACGUUAUAUCUAUUCUUCGGGGAAGUUAA